AUGGACAGCACCCAGGAGCCCCCAAACAGCAGCACCCCGGGGCCUUUCGAUGGCCCCCAGUGGCCCCACCAGGCCCCCCGGGCCAUGUACCUGGCGGUGGCCGUGCUCAUGGGGCUCGUGGUGGCCUCGGCCUCGGUGCUCAACGGCCUGGUCAUCGUGGUGUCCAUCAGGCACAGGAGGCUGCGCUCGCCCCUGAACUACAUCCUGGUGAACCUGGCCCUGGCCAACCUGCUGGUGACGCUCUGCGGCAGCUCCGUCAGCCUCUCCAACAACAUCAGCGGCUUCUUCGUGUUCGGGGAACGGCUCUGCCAGCUGGAGGGCUUCAUGGUGUCCCUGACAGGCAUCGUGGGGCUGUGGUCCCUGGCCAUCCUGGCCUUGGAGAGGUACCUGGUGGUCUGCAGACCCCUGGGAGACUUUCGGCUCCAGCACCGGCACGCUGCCAGUGGCUGUGCCUUCACCUGGGGCUGGUCCCUGCUCUGGACAACCCCACCACUCCUGGGCUGGAGCAGCUACGUGCCUGAAGGCCUGAGAACCUCCUGCGGGCCCAACUGGUACACGGGCGGCAGCAACAACAGCAGCUACAUCCUGGCCUUGUUUGUCACCUGCUUUGUGAUGCCCCUCAGCCUGAUCCUCUUCUCCUACACCAACCUGCUGCUGACCCUGCGGGCGGCCGCGGCGCAGCAGCAGGAGUCAGACACGACGCAGCAGGCGGAGCGGGAGGUGACGCGCAUGGUGGUGGCCAUGGUGGUGGCCUUCCUCACCUGCUGGCUGCCCUACGCCACCUUUGCACUGGUGGUGGCCACCAACAAGGACAUUGUCAUCCAGCCAGCCCUGGCAUCCCUGCCCUCCUACUUCUCCAAGACGGCCACGGUUUACAACCCCAUCAUCUACGUCUUCAUGAACAAACAGUUCCAGAGCUGCCUGCUGGGAAUGCUCUGCUGUGGUUACCACCCCCGGGGGAUGGGGAAAACCUCUCCAGCCACCCCGAGUCCCCAGGUCGCUGCAGAGGGGCUGAGGAACAAGGUGACACCAUCCCACCCUGUGUGACAGCUGCCACAUCCUGCCUGCACCGGUGCCAGCUCCAGGAUCUGCCUGUGCCACCCACUGCAGCACACAGGGGCUCGGGAUGGAGCUGAUGGGGGGCUCUCAGAGGAUGGAGAG